AUGGGCGAAGAGCAAGCCAAGAACUUAUUAAAAGAAAUGAUUUCCAACUUUAUCACCCAAGAUAAGAAUUAUCCCCAAGGACUAGAUUUGAAAAAUCAAGCCAAAUUUAUCAACUCCGUUUUUGGCGAGAAGUUAGAAAAUGGUAAAAAAGAAGAAGUGAUCAAGGAAACCAGAACAGUCUUAAAUGGCUUAGUGGAAGCCAAAGUUAAUGAAUUAUCAGCCAAAGAUUAUGAUGAAACUAAUAAACGCUCGAAAAAUCCCAACACCAUUAGGAAAUUAGCCGGAUUAUAUAAAUUAACGGAUGCGAUAAUUGAUUACGGCAAAGAGAAAAACGGAGAAGGAAAAUUAGAAACUCAAAGAAGAAUAAAUGUGGCCAAGGCCCUUUUAACCGAAAUCGGUAAUUCUUACACUUUCCGAAAAGAAAUUGAAGACACGGAAAAACUGGCUGAGAAAGAAGGCAUUGAGGCUUAUUGA